AUGAAUCAAUUAAUCAAUCAAUCAAAUUAAAUUUAGACAAACUCUUAUUAAGCAGAAUAACCAAUAAACUAUUACCAAUAAAACAAUUAAGAUCCAUUUGAAUUAUUUUUAAAUAACAAUGAAGACAUUAAAAAUGCUUAAAACAAUUUCAGAACCAAAUGCAUUAAAAUAAAUUAAUAAACUAAUAUUUAAUACUAAACAGAUGAAUAGAGAUAAUAUUAACAAUAUUAAGUCUAAUAAGACUAGUAAUAAUAUUAAUAGUAAUAAUAUUAAUAGUAAUAAUAAUAUUAAUAAUAUGGAUAAAAUCCUCAAAUCCAAUAUUAUUAAGAUUAAAGGUAACAAGUUUAAUACCCUCAAUAAUAAAACUAUGUUUAAUCUCUUAAUACUCAACCUUACCCUUAAUAGAAUUAACCCAUAUAAUAAUAAUAUUAAAAUUAAAUGACUCCAGCUUAUGAUUAAGUAUUUAAAAAAGAUAAAGAUGGAAAAGUUUUUUGCAACAUUGAAGAUGUAUUAUAUUAUAUUAUUAAAAUAGGUCAAAAGGUAUUAGUAAUGUGAGUAAAUAAGAGAAAUUCAUCCUACUGGAAAAACUGGUGUUAAAAAAAUUAAAGAAAUAAGUCAUAGUAUGUAUAAUAUGUGA